AUGCAAGCGACAGCGACAGGCAGAGAGAGGGCAAAAGUACUGCCGGGUGCGGUUAGCUCCUGCGUAGGACCAUUACGAGGCUGGGCUGGGCCCACGGCACUGAAUACUGUAGGUAAAUUUAGGUAAAUUACAGUAUUGAGUAGAAGCGGUCCAGGGAUAGACACAAUAACAUUGAUCAAUGAUCGCUCGCUCACUGGCUCACUAGAUCACGACUGGCUCACUCAUGUCAUGGAUGACGCCGGUGCUAUGGAGGACUCUACUGGUCUGCUCGCUUCCACUGCUGCUUCUUAG